CUGCUCAGCCAGAUAUACUAUGUAAACGGGAUUGCUUGGUUUUUCAAGUAUACGGUACUGCAUUGAACACCAAUAAUUAUCUGAUCGGGAUAAAUCUGGGUAUCCCAAAUUCUAUUAGAAUCCUGUAUACACACCAAGGAACAUGGUGAACGGGAGUUAUAACAGUACUACUACCGCAGCCCGGGAAGCAAAUUCAAAUAAUGGAAACAGGAUAUAUCGUGGUUGUGUCUCAAGGGCAUUUCAGGUGACAGGUAUAUUACACAUUGUUGCUGGAGCCCUGUCUAUAGUAUUUGGUAUAGCUGCCAUCGUUCUUAAAGCCUUUGCCUCAUAUGUUGCCAUUCCUAUUUGGGGAGGCUUGCUGAUCUACAUAACAACUGGCUGUCUUGGGGUUUCAAAUUUCUGCAAGCCUAAAAGCAAGAAAAUUGUGAUUGCUUAUCUUGUGAUGUCCACUAUUUCUGCCAUCUUUGCCUUCCUCAUGAUCAUCACAUUUGGGAUCUUUCUCGCAUCAGACGACAAUAGCUGGGAUAUAUUUAUUUGUCAUCCGCUUCCUUUAUCUUACUGCGAGAGCAACUCAUGGUCCCGUAUGCUCAUCGAUGGCUUGUUGAUCUUCAUUUCCUUCCUAGAGGUGGCUUGCGGGGCAACAUCGGCCUCUAUGGCAUGCUACAAGGCAUGCAAGUGUUGCCGACGUUGCUGCAGAGCUUGCACGGACGACCCUGGAAACUCAAACAUGGUCUAUUUUGCAGCCAAUAUGGGAGGUACACCAAUGAUGGCAGUACCUAAUACACAGUGUUCAAGACCCAUCUAUGUUCCAAGUGGGAUGCCGGGAAAUGCUAGCCAGCCUGGUCAGUUUGUGUAUCUAGCGCCGAACCGUCAGGCUCAGUCUUAUGUAACUAUGCCAGUAGGUGCCCAACAGAGCCAGAGUAUCCCACAGCUCUCACCACCCCCUCAAUAUCAACAAAGUCCACAACAGCAGCAGGUGCAACAGGCUGUACAGAAUCCGCAACAGUCAAGUGGCCUUCCAUCUGGACAAGUAGACUUCAACCAGGUCCAAGCUGCAGGGCAGAUGCAACCUCAAGGUCUAACUCAGUCUCAGUCAGUCCCGGAAAAGCAAUCACUGGAACAGCCACAGGUUGCUGGAGUUGGCCAGCAAGUGAGUGGUCCUCAGCCAGGAAAUGUUGGCAAUGUCCAAGGUCAGAUGCAGCCUCAAGUUCUUGCUCCAACCCAGCAACUACAACAUCCGCAACAAGCUGGAAUGGCUCCAGCGAUGAGUGGCCCCCCGCAAGUCGGCUUUGUCCAGGUGCAAGGACCCGGAGGACAGAUUCAGAUGAUCCCUGCCCAAGCGCUUUACCCUCAAGUAAUGAUGGUACAAGCUCCUCAGCAGCAGUCUGCACCUGCUCCGCAACCUGCGCAGCCACUUGGACCGACUCAGCAGCCAGUUAAACAGGUAACAGCGCCCACUAUGUCAGCUGAAGAUCAAGCAGAGGAAGCAGCCAGUGAACCGGUGGAUAUCCCUUCCGGUCAGGUCUCUUCGGGUCAGUUUAGCGAUGAUGCCGCACUCAUUUGAGCUCAUCUCUGAAAUGAUACAUUCUAAAGGAUUGUAUUUCUUUGCCUAAAUCACAAUCAGUCUUUGUAUGAAUUAUCAGUUCUGCUAGAUGACAAUUUCACUGUAGCAUCCAGUAGUGUUUGAUCCAUAUGUAUGUAUAAAUGUGGCUUGUGUAUAUUUUUCACAUUUUCUAACAUUUUUUAUUAAUUACUCGUGAAUGAAAAAGAAAAAGAAGGAAUAAAGAUCAAUUCCUUUUUAGAAUUAGUGACAUGGUACUUGCCAAAAUAGUUGAAUAUUGAUAAAAUGUAUUUUUUAACUUAAAUGAUAAUGGGUUUAAUGGUUCAUUAUAUCUAUAGGCCUACCGGUACUUUCAAUAUUUCAAAUAUUUAUGUGUGAUUUGGUCUAUUUUAUAUAUAUUUAUAUUUGAUAAACUUGAAUGAAAAUUUGUAUCUUUUGUAAAUACAUUCUUCUAUAUGUAUUUUGACUACUCAAACAUGGCAUAAAAUACAUACCCUGAAACUGUAUUUUAAAACUUUUAAAACUUUUGCGAAUUCCUCUGAAGAUGACAAGAUCACACUUGUUGAAAUGUUAAGUUGGAAGGUCCUUCUCAGGACAAACACAUGCCCACAAAAGAAUAAAUGGUGUACCGUAAAUCCGCUACACUUAUUUUUUCUUUGUCAUGGUAACCUUCAGGACUUAUUAAUGUAGUUUACGGUACAUCCUCUAUGAUUUCAUUGCAUCAGUGAAAUAUAGGUUGUCCUCUCUUUUUCGUAUUUUUAUGAAAAAUCUGUUUAUUCAGAAUCAGAAAUUAAUUUACACAAAAUUGAGCUGCAUUCACUAGUACUAGGAAUAAUAGAAUGUAUAUGAUUGAGAGUCAGAGAUGUAGAUUAGUAUUUAUUUAAUUCUUUUUCAGUAUUCAUUGAAUACUUUUUCAAUAUCUUUAAAUAGGAGUAAGGUGUCUCAGAAAACUCUAAUCUCAAUCUUGUACAUGCAUUAUACACAGUCAAGAUCAACCGAAACUAAAGGAAGAUUAUUAAAUUGCUACUCAAUAUCUACAUGUAUAUAAAAACUUUGCAAAGUAUUGCUUGAUUGCUAUACUGCAUAAUGACAUAGAAAUUGCAGAUUUUUUUAAUACCGGAUAUUUAUGUGCAUGCAUCUGUGCAAUACUAAAUUAUAUAUGUUGUAAAAUCAUUUGAUUUAAAAGUUCAUUCAACUUAACAUUGAUAUGAUGGAUGGGAAGAUCAGAUAUAAAAUGAAAUUGUAAUAGUUUAAGGGCUGAAAAAAAAUAAUGUGAAAAAUAUUUAUUUCACAAUUUAUAUGAAACAUGCCAUAUAUUCUUGGUACAUGCCCCCUCCCCCACCUCCCCCCCCCCUUAUAUGUUAAAUGUUUCCAUACAAACCCAUCUCCUUCACGGUUUUGUUUAGUGGAUUUUUGUAAGCCAAUAGCUGAAUUUUCUUAAAGGUGUGUGUAAUCUAGCAGCUGUAAUAUGAAAUCAGGGCCUCGUCUUACAAAGAGUUACAGUUGAUCCAAUCAGUUGUAACUCUAUGGAAAUCCAUCAGUGUCAUAAUUU